AUGGGCAAGGCCUGUACAGAGGAUACCUUCGAUGUCGCUACGGCCCGUAACGGCUUCUCGGGGAUCCGAAGCCUACAGGCUCUAGGACUCAGCGAGGAAAAGGGGUGUAGCACACCAACCCCCAGAGGUAGACGUUGCGAUGCCUGGGCCGGAAACAGGGGUGGCGAUAGGGGACAGGCGAGCCACCGGGCCGCUAUGCACGUAGUAAGCGCUGCGGUGGCGACAGCCGAGAACGGCAGCAGCAGCGAGCCUCGCUGUAUGCGGGGUGUGCAUGCCUUCUUGAACCCGGGGGAGGCAGCGACAAGGCGGGCAGCAGGGUCAAAGUUCUUGCCGGAAGAGGACGAAAAGACCAGGGAUUGGAGAGACCGUACGCCGGAGAGGAGGCCGGCUCGGCCGCCGGCGAUCAAGAGCCCCAUAGGAGAGAAACGUGUGGGACAAAAGGACCGGACGAUGGGCCAGAUCCACAUCCAAGGGGCGGUCGGCUGCUCGCAUUCGUGGGCGGUCUGUCGACAACCCCUGCAACGUCCGGACAAUGUCUGGCCGCGACUUGCGCUGCUUUUGACCGUUGAGAUCGCGUUCGAGGCCAUCACGACCAACCGAAGGCGCAAGGCGGAGCUAAUACUGCUGUAG